CCUCAGGCUCCACGCUGCUUGAUCACAAGAGUCUCCUUUGCCCGGCGUGACAAUAGCAGGUGAACUUGGAGGUGGAAGCGAAGAGCCCCACACAGUCCACACACACGCACACCAGAAACCGGAUGGUGCAUGGAGUUACAGACAGCUUAGAGCUACGUCUUGUUUCCCCUAAGAGAGCAUCCUGCGAUCAUCCUGGGAAGGGAGAAAGGAUGACAGCGAUGGAUCACCAGUUCCCUUCUUGGAUCGUUGUCGAUGAGAGCACAUCCAUAAGCAGGGAACAACUUAAUUAUUUACUGGAGACUUAUAAUGUUUUCUAUGAAAACCAGAAAAAUCUGCAUAUAUUGUAUGGGCAGACCGAAGACGGACAGCUGAUUGUUGAAGGGAUGCUGGACAUUUUCUGGGGAGUCAAACGACCCAUACAGCUGAAAAUACAAGAUGAGAAGCAAAUCUCUUCCUUUGAUCUGUUGAACUCACCGGAAACCUUUGCCAGCAAAGGGAGGAUGACUCGCUGGGGAGAAUUUGAUGACCUUUACCGUAUCAGUGAGCUGGACAGGACCCGCGUUCUAGCAUCUGAGGCCAGGCAUUCCCCGGAAGACUAUUUAUCUUACCACAGCACUCUGACGCCAUACGCAGACGAAGAGCCGGAAUCCCCGUUGCUCUACAGGACCAUGAGUGAGGCAGCUUUGGUGAGAAAAAGGAUGAGGGCCCCAGAGAUGUACAGAAAAGAUAGAAUGGGGGUGCUAAGUCACCACAGAGCCUCUAUCAAUGGACACGUCUACAACCAUGAGACAUCCAUCUUCACCCCAACUUUCGGGUCAGAGACUAAGGUCAGAGCCAAUAGUGUCAUGAGAACUGAAGAAGUAAUAAAGCAACUUCUCCAGAAAUUUAAGAUUGAAAAUAGCCCUCGGGAUUUCGCUCUUUACAUUAUUUUUGGGACAGGAGAGCAGAGAAAGCUAAAGAAGACCGAUGUCCCACUGCUGCAGAGGCUACUACAAGGACCAUCCAAAAGCAACGCUCGGAUCUUCCUCAUGGAUAAAGAUGCAGAAGAAAUCAGCAGAGAUGUGGCUCCGUACAUUAAUUUUCACUUUUCUUUCUUGGAAUCCAUUCUUCAAAGAUUAGAUGAAGAAGAGAAAAUGGAGACUGAGAGAAUUAUGGCAAAAUUCAAUACCGAAAGGGCCUUUAUCCUGAAGUGUCUACAGAAUAAGCAGGCAGUGAAAACGGAGACCACAGUCUAGAAGCGCAGCAGCUCCUGGUAGUAAGCCCUGCUCAGCGGAGUUAGAGGGAGCACUGCGGAACCCGUGUGCUGUCUGCUCUGCAUCCUAAUAUGCAUGACUCUGAAGCUUUGCACAAACGAAUGCCGAGCAGCCCCGCUUCCUCUUUGAAAUGCUGAGGUUGGCUGCGGUUCAGAGUUGGGCUAAGGCAAGAUGGGACUUCAUUUCAGUAACUGAAGGGAAGCCCGCACACCGUCCAUUCCAAAUGUCCUCGGUAGCAAGUUCUCGGGUGAGCUCAGACUCAAGUGGACUCUGCUCUUACCACCUGGUUUAAGCUUGUUUUUAUCUUGCGCUCUUAAAAGGGCUGAGAUACUUGAUGACUCAUAAAUGAUGGGAAGUAAACAUUUCCAGUUCCUGAUGUCAACAAGAAACACAUUCUUAAGCCAUCAGGGAUCUGAACUGAUCCUGUUUCCCAGCUGUGUAAACAUCUGAGCAUUUUCAUAAGAUUUAGGAAUAGAUCUACAAGGGCUGAUGAUUUUAAACUCUGUAGUGUCAGAGCUACCUGACCUUUUAGAAUGAAGUGGUUUUGGAUUUUUGUAAAGGAACCUAAACUCGAGGCUGGAGUGAUGGCUACGUGGUUAACAGCAUUGACUACUUUUCCAGAAAGCCCCGGUUCAGUUCCCAGCACCUACAGGGCAACUGGCAAUCAUCUGCAGCUCCUGUCCUAGAGGAUCUGAUACCCACCUAUGUGGGCAUUGCAAGCACAUGGCACACAGAUACAGAGGGAGGCAAGACAGCUAUACAUGUUAAAAAAUAAACAUUAAAAAAAAAAAACCCUAAACUCUGAUUGUUCAGGCCCUUCAUUUGUCCCCACACCCUUCUGUGCAACUGUUAAUGUCCAAGCUGUUUUAAAUGUCUUUAAAAGUGGAUUGAAGUCAUUAUCUUUCUUUAUCCUUGUAAACAAAUAUAUACCAUAAGCAUAAAAUAGACUGUAUUUGUUAGAAGAGGACUUACCAAAAAUGUGUCGCUGUUGCUAAAGAUUCCUGUGGAUAAAGUCACACUGCUGUAGCUGAGCCAGGCAGGACAUCAUAGCAUCCUUGCUGGUGUAUAAGAUCCUCUCCAGGGUCUCACAGGUCUGCUAAUCCCACCUGGAAAUGCAAAAAUACUACGGGGUUUUAUUUGUAAACUUCUUAUCAACAAGGAGGUUUAAUUAAUAUUCUUCUAUCCCCAAAUGACUUCUGUUUGAAUUUUGUCUUACGUUGUUCAGUCGUGUUACCUAUACUAAGGUAAGGCUGUAUUAUCAACUUUAAAUUGUGGAACAGUUCUAAUAGUGAGCUAUUCACUGUCAGCAAUGCCAGAAUUCAGGUUUUGGCUGACAGGAUAGGAACAGGGUGGCCUUUGUGUCCAGGAAAUCUGUCACUGGUUGAAAUGAACUCUUACAUUUCUAAUGCUUUGCCUAUUGAUCAAGAAAAGCAUGGUUUCAUCUCAUUAAAAAUGGACCAAAAGAUUGUAAUAUAUUGAAAACCUACCCAGGUAUGAUGGCAUAUCCUUGUAAUCUUAUCCUCAGGACGUGAGGGAAGAUUUCUAUAAAUUCGGGCCAGUGCAGACUACUUAGUAAGCGCCAAGCUAACCUGUGCCUUACAUAAGGCCCUAUCUCAAAAUGAGAUAUACGUAUAUAUAAGUCUACAAAGUGCAUACAAAGCCCAGCAAGCCUUGCAGAGGAAAAGGAAGCUGGUAUGAAAACUCAUAGAAGAGAAAUGCAAAUAACUGCUAAGUGAAUGCAAAGUAUAGUAUCCAACAGUGACCAACUGCAAUCAUCAGUUCAAAUCACUAGAGAGAAACCGUGCAGUCACAUAAAGUAAGCAUGGCAUGAGGAAUUAUUAAACUAUGACAGGACAGCAACAGAAAAGUCAGAAAUAGAGCUCUAACGGGUACCUGGCAAAGCCAGCCCCACACGGUCCUGUCUUGAGUGUUUGUGGUGAUGAGGACUAAAUAUAGACACGAGGAUUCUGGCUAAUUAUCUGGCCUGCACUGGGUUCUAGUUAUACUACCACCGCCCGAAUCAAAAGCUGGAGAAACGGACCAGGUAAACAGAACCACAGAACACUGCACCUCAUAGGCUGCUAGCACUGGGGAAACCCGGAUGAAGGGUGAAGAAGGAAAAAUCUGGGGUCUCCAGGAGCCAUGGAAGCCUCAAAGACCUCCAACCGCUAUGCUUUUACAGUACGCCCUCUGCUGGCAACAUAUGAUAUUGUGCAAGCUGCGAAGGAAAUUUCCGAACCCCACCACCUAGGUUUUCACAGGGCCGAUUUCAAACUGAAUUUGGGCAGAGAAAAUAAAAGCUGCCAUAUCGGCUCAACAAAAUCCCUAUUAGCAAAGAUUAAACUAUUCGGCAGAUAGUGACAAUGUUUGCUGCAGCCAAGUUUUUCCCCCUUUGAACACAAGUUAGAUGCUAAAUUUAUCCUAUAAUUUAUUUAUAAUUCUAUUUAUAAGAUGUUAUAUGGGCAUCAGAGAUACGAAGGCUUUCUUCAAAGUUGUUUACUGAGCUGAUGCUACAGUCAUUAAAAUUAUAUUUUAAUAAUAGAGUUAAGUUUUCUUUAUAAAUGUAAGAAUAUGUAAUCAUAUUGUAAAAUACUCGCCCAUUAGGUUAUUAUUUUCUUGUGUGUCUGCACACUAAUGCUGUGUAUCCACUCACAAACCCAAAACAAGUUGUGUAAAGAUUAUGGAAUUGUUUGUGGUUCGUGUUUCUCCAACAAUGAUGCAUUUCAAUCAGGAAAGAAAAAUAUGUUGCAUGGAAAUUAUCCACAAAGAGUAAGAAGUACAUGCAAGAAUGGAUUCCCACUACAUACAAAAUGUUUUUAAUCAGUCAAAUGACACAUUGACCUUACCUUUGUGAGAUUUAACAAAUGUUUCCCGUCUCCCAAAACCCUUCUGCAAAUCAGCUGGACAUAAUGAUUGCCUUUUAUUUUUAAUUGAGAGACAGUUGUAAAAGUAUGGCAUCUGAUGCGAUGCUGUUCGGUAGGAUGUGGAAUGACUGAUCCGGCAAGUUAAUCACAUCACGUGCUUAUCCCGUUUUCAGCAUCUAGGAAUGCUAAGGGACAGAGCAAAGCAGAAGGGAGAGCAUGUGCCUCAGAGCUGCUAAGGCUCCCCGAAUGCUCUGCUGGAUCGAUUCCUCUGGCAUGUGAGGCGGGAGCCAGCCCACCAGGAAAGCCUGUUUGAUCUGGCGCUGCUGCGCCUUUCUAUGGAAAGCCAGCAGGCGCUCCUCUAGACAGCUCUAGAACAUCCAGUUCUCUCAGACGUGGAUCUCUGGACUUCAAAGGCCCAAACUUAUUCCAACCCCUUUGGUGCAACUUCCUAAGCAACUCUAAGCCAGAAAACCAUUCCCCAGGUCCUGGUCUUAAGAAACCGUGAGAUCAGAAAAGUUAGCUGUGCUGUGUGGCUAAGCUAAGAUGGCUACACAGACCUAUAUAACUAAUGUCGUUUCUAAGGCCAAAUCUAUUUCAGCUGGUUUUGCAUGGUGCAAGACCAAAGACUUUUUGUCAAAACAAAGGCUUUUCCUUGUUUUAGGUGGUCCAAAUAUGUCAUUGUCAGUUACAUAUGAAUUAAAAUUAAACCCUAGAUAUCACACCAUGGUUAUAAACCAUACAGUCUGUUGCAUUUUACAGUUGUACUUUUUGUAUUUCAUAUUAUGUCUUGUAUGUAGGAUAUGCUCAAUAAAAUGGAUAAACAAUU